AUGUCUGUCAUUGCUGUCGCAGGAGGAACCGGAAAGCUCGGCCGUACUAUAGUCGAAGCCAUCCUUGGACAGGAGAAGCAUCAGGUCGUCGUCCUCGCUCGACUGGGCAGCGAAUCCAAAGCCAAAGAGCUCGGCGUACCCGUACUUGGGCUUGACUACAGCAACGUGGAGGCUAUCAGGGACGUCCUACAAUCCAAUGAUGUUGGCACGGUCAUCUCGACUCUGGACACUAUGGCUGGAGCGGAGCCAGAGAUAGCAUUGAUCAGAGCCGCGGAUCUGUCCACCAGCACGAAGCGAUACAUCCCAAGUUUCUGGGGAAUCCGAUAUACGCCUGAAGUGAAAGCGAUUUUUCCGGUAGCCGAAACUAAGCUCGCUGCGAUGACAGCUCUCGAGGCUUCGUCUCUCGAGUACACCUGUGUGAUCAACGGCUUUUUUCUUGACUACUACGUUAUACCCAAGGUUCAGUCACACAUGGGACCAUUUCCUGUCGUCCUUGAUAUGGCCAACAACGCUGCAGCAAUUCCCGGAUCUGGCGACGUGCCUGUCGCUUUCACGCACACUACGGAUGUUGCGCGUUUUGCUGCUAGUCUGCUUGACCUCCCCACCUGGCAACCCGAAUCCUAUAUCGUUGGCGAGAAGCUGACAUGGAAAGAAUUCGUGGCUAUAGCUGAAGAAGUCAAAGGCGUCAAGUUCGAUGUGCAGUUUGAUCCGUUGGAGAACUUGCAAAAGUACCAAGUAACCGAGUUACCUGGACAUAAGGACCUUUAUCCUUUCUUUCCAAAACAGAUGCUACAGCCCUUCAUAGCCACGUUUGGCAUACUAUUCGCCAAGGGGUUCUUUGAUUUCGAUGCGAUUCCUGGACAGGGGGGUAUGAAGGCACGAGGCGUGAAGGAACUCGUAGAGCAGGCUUGGCGAUAA